AUGGUUAUUAAUGCUAUAGCCACUGACGAAGGAAUUGAUAACUUAGGCAUGGCUCUUGUGAAAAAUAGAGAAGAUGUUGUUUAUACCCUUGUCCUUACAAUAUUAGAACACUUCAAUGGUAGAUUUACUAAUCAGCAUAAGACAGUUCGUACUCUAUUUAGUGGUCUUAGAUGUAGGACCUUAGGUGAAUUCAGACGGUAUAAAGACACCUUUAUGAGUAGAGUUAUGGAGUUACCAGAAAAUAAGUACGACCAUUGGAAAGCUAAGUUUAUAAAUGGCCUUCCCUCAUUAUUUGCUGAAAGAGUUAGAAAGACUCUAAGAAGUAGCUUUGGUGAAAUUUCGUACAAAGAUUAUACCUAUGGUAAGUUGAUAGGGAUUUGCACACAGGAAAGGUUAAACCUGUGCAAUGAGUUAAAAUUAUCUAGACAACUUAAGAUGGAUAAGCUUAAGGAAAGAAACCAAUUAGGAGACUUUUGCACCCAGUUCGGUUUACCCGAGACUUCUACUCAUAAGAAGAAGAAACACAAGUAUCAUAGAUACCCUAACCCAGACAGUCCUUAUAAGAAAAAGAGAUCUAGAUAUAGAUCCAAAGAAGAGCGUGAUGCUAAGAAAGCCCAUCGCAAGUCCACUAGAUUUAUCAAAAAUAGGUCUAAGCAUGAUCUUGCUGAUACCAAGUGUUAUAAAUGUGGAAAAUUUGGCCAUAUAGCUCCAAAUU